AUGAAUACCGCUGCCAGGAGGACGAUACACAUAUCUGCCACCCUGGCAAGAGGGCGAAACACCUAUUUCGAGAAGCACAAAUUGGUGACCGACCCGGCCAAACAAGACCCCAACUAUUUCGAGGAUCUGGCCAGAAAGUUGCCGCUAGAUGACAACUACAUCGAUCAGUUGAAAAUGAUUUACACGGACAAGGUGAUGUCCGAGCGAGAUCUGACGAUGAAGGCUUCGGACAAUCUGAUUGCCGACAAAGUUACUUAUGGGCUGCCUCAGCUCGAUAUGACGGCGCCCAGGCCUCCAUACACAAAUGUUGACGCUCUGAAGGACGCACCGGAAAGUGUGAAAAAGAUCUUUAGUCUCGAUUUUGGUACUCGCCGGGAUUUGACGAGCGAGUGGAAGCGCGUGAUGAUCGAGCAGGUCAAUCACCAUGCCCUCGACAACGCGAGUCAUGAGAAGAAGAUUGCUCUAUGCACGGCCCUGAUCCGCCACUGGUCCAUGAUCGUUGACGAUAUUUUCCGCAAAAACGUCAGGCCACGGAAACCAACGUGGUUGACGCAUCGUAUUUGGCUGGUGAUCGGGCAACGACGUCGGUUACUCAGGGAGCUCCGCGAAAUUGAUGAAGAGGCUUUCCAGAAGGUCAUCAAAGAAUUGAAAAUCGCCUAUCACGUCCAGAAACAGCCUGAGCAUGUCAAAACCCGGAAGGCGUGGUCAGAGGCUCAAUUAUUGAUGCGGGUGAAAGAAGAAAAAGAGAAAAAGCUUGAAGAUCUCCAUCAAAGGUAUAUCAAGGAGCUCGAAGAGAAAAAGGAUGAGAUGAAGGCGAAGCGGGAGAAGCUGGAAAAGGAGCGUCAAGAAAUCGAGAAGCGCAUGAAGGAUCUUCUCAUCCUCGAGGGCAAGGUCACUGAAAACGUCGUCGGGGAGUACAAGAUGCCACUCGUCGGCCAAUUCACAGAAGCUAUCAACCACGCCCAACUUUUCUAUCACCCCAAGCCCGACAUGGUGCGAAACCAG